UGUUCACACUCACCGGGGGUGGAUGAAGCUCCGCCCUCGCUCCCCUCGCGUUGCUGAAGAAGCGGCGGUUGCGCCAGUCUCUGGUUUCGGGAGAGGGUUGAGGCGGUGCGGCCUAGAGCCGGGGACUGGGCGGCGAUGCGAUCCCAGGAGGCGCUGACGAACGCGGCUAAACUAACGUCAUACAGCGCGGGGCUACAGGUGUUGUUUCGACUACUCAGCUUUCUGUUGAAUGCAUACACCCUGAGGUAUGUUUCAAAGGAGACCAUUGGCAUUGUUAAUGUGAGGCUCACACUGCUGUAUUCUACAGUCGUUUUCCUUGCACGAGAAGCUUUUCGGAAAGCAUGCCUGAAUGUUGGUGUGGAACAGAAAUGGGCCCAGGUUAUAAACCUGCUCUGGUUAACUGUUCCACUUGGAGUGCUCUGGUCAUUACUUUUGGGUUGGGUUUGGCUCCAUUUAGUAACAACCCCAGACCCAGCUCUAAUACCUCAUUAUGAAGUUGGCGUGGCAGCGUUCGGUCUCUCUGCUAUAGUAGAACUCCUCUCUGAGCCGUUGUGGAUCCUGGCACAGGUGCAUAUGUUGGUGAGGCUAAAGGUGAUUGCUGAGAGUCUUGCUAUUGUUGCAAAGUGUGUGCUGACUGUUCUGUGUAUCACAAUCGUACCGCACUGGGGUCUCUACAUCUUCUCUGUGGCUCAGCUGCUUUACUCAGGUUGCCUCCUUACUUGUUACGUGCUGUAUUUUAUGAAGUAUAUUGGUUCACAGGAAGCGCAAAGAAAAUCCUUCCCUCUCUCCACAGUAAGCGACGUAUUGCCUAAAUAUCAUUGUAAUCAGCCUAUUAUCGAUCUGAGAUUGGCUGUUCUUACUUGGAGCUUCUACAAACAAUCUUUUCUGAAGCAGAUCCUGACAGAAGGUGAGCGAUAUGUCAUGACUUUUCUAAAUGUGUUAAAUUUUGGAGAUCAAGGUGUGUAUGACGUUGUGAAUAAUUUGGGAUCGCUGGUGGCCAGAUUCAUGUUCCUUCCCAUUGAGGAAAGCUUCUAUGUUUUCUUUGUCAAAGUGCUUGAGCGAGGAAAGGACAUUGGACACCAGAAGCAGGAGGAUGUUUCUAUGGCAGCCAAUGUUCUGGAGAUGCUUAUGAAGCUGAUGAUGUUGAUUGGACUGACCAUCACUGUGUUUGGAUACUCAUACUCCCAUCUGGCCCUGAAUAUCUAUGGUGGAUCGAUGCUGAGCUUGGGCCCAGGUCCAACUCUUUUGCGCUGUUACUGUGUCUAUGUACUGCUCCUGGCUAUAAAUGGAGUGACCGAAUGUUUCACAUUCGCUGCAAUGAGUAAGGAAGAAGUUGACCGGUAUAACUUUAUGAUGCUGGCUCUGUCGCUUACAUUUCUUGGCUUUUCCUAUUGUUUGACAUGGUGGCAAGGAGGUGUUGGAUUUAUUUUAGCAAACUGCCUGAACAUGGGACUCCGAAUUACUCACAGCCUUCAGUAUAUCAGCCGUUACUUCAAGCAUAGCAAGAGUCAGCCCCUCAAGGGCCUUCUGAUCCCUGGGCCUUUACUGCUAGUCUAUCUUGGCAGUGGCACAGUGACAGCACUUUCACAGGCUACUUUGAGUGAGCAGUGUUUGAUGUCCCAGUUGGUCCAUGUUCUGCUAGGGGCUUUGUGUUUAUCCAUCACCCUUGUCACGAUCUUCUUCACUGAGCCCAGGCUUGUUUGGUUCGUUAGAACGCAAUUCCUUUCUCAGGGCAAGAAAGAAAUGUAGAAUUGAGAAUGAAACAAGCAGAAUGGUGAUUCCAAAGCCAAGAGACACCAACACCAGAGGACUUCCAGGGUGAUGGAUGAAAAUUUUGCAUUUUAAUUAUUAUAAAAUCACAGAGACUCAAAGUAGUCAUGGAAUCAUCAGCUCCAAAUGUGUGGGAUGGAUUUCACCAGAGAUUUGAAACAAGCCUGCUGCACUGUAUUUAUUGAAUAGAUUGAGUUCAAAUUUUGUUUAUCUCUUAACAGCCUUAUCUUCAUACUUCAUUUUGCACUGUACAGAUAAAUGGAAUAUAGGGGAGAUGGGAAUUAAUGCAUUCCCAAUGUGGUGUUGGGAGGAAAGUAAAAUCAGCAAAUGAAGUUUCAACACAGAUAAAUAUGGGGGUGUACUUUUUGAUGGGAAGUGUCAGCGAGUUAGUUAUUCCAUGGAAGGUAUGUGACUGGUGGACUAAAAGGAGCAAAAUACACCGACUACUAAAGAUUGUAUCACAGGCAUUAGAUGCUACAGUAAAAAGGACAGAAUUCAAAAUUUGAGAAGUUAUGUUAAGCCUGUACUGAACCUUGUUUAGACCACAUUUAUGUGUACUGUAAAAGUAAUUAUCGGUAAUUAUACUGGGAAAUAUCAACUUGCCCAACAUAAAUUGGGAUAGUAUUAGUGUAGGGGUUUAGAGGAAGCGGAUUUCUUGAAUUGUAUCUGGGGAGUUUUUUGUAUCAAUACAUAAGUCCCAACAAGAGACGGUGCAGUGCCCGAUCUGGUUCUGGGAAAAGUAGCUGGGUGAGUGUUCGCAAAGGCAGUGGGGGAACAUUUAGGCAAUAGCAACCUCAAUAUAGUAUGGCUCAAAUUUAUUCUGGACAAAAAAUGUCCUACAAGGGCUGUAGAUUGGGGAAGGCAGCUUUUAUUAAAAUAAAGCAGGAUCUGGCCACAGUAGACUGGGAUCAGCUCUUUGCAGGUAAGUCUACAAUGGAGCAAUGGGGGUCAUUCAAAAAGGAGAUGGGAGAGUACAAGUCCAACAUGUACCCUUUAGAGCGAGGUGUAGGAGCAAAAUGUUCAGAGAAUCCUGGAUAAUACAGAGCUGGAUAAAGAAGAAGAGUAAGGCUUUUAGCAAGUCCAAAGGAAGCAAUUCUGCUAUGUUCAUAGAGGAAUACAGGAAGUUCAGAAGGAAACUUAAGAAAGCAAUUAGAAGAGCAAUGAGUGGGCAUGAGAAAGGACUUGCAAACAGGAUUAGAAAGAAUCCUAAGAUAUUUUAUAAAUGCUUUAAAGACAAGAGGUAAACGAGGAAAAGAGUAGGGCCCAUUAAGGACUGAGAGGGUAAUCUGUGUAUAAAGCUGCAGAAUAUUGGAAGGGCUUUAAAUGAAUACUUCUCUCCGGUCUUCACGCUGGAAAAGGAAAACAUAGAACGUGACAAUGCAGUACAGGCCCUUCAGCCCACGAUGUUGCGCCAACCUGUGGAACCAAGGUGAAGCCUGUCUAUCCUACAUUAUAUAUUUAUCUCAUGACCAUUUCAAUGCUCUUAAAGUUGGUGAGUCUACUACUGUUGCAGGCAGUGCGUUCCAUACCCCUACACUGUCUCAGUAAAGAAA